AUGAAUCCCGCUCCACCUGAAAUUAAACUUCCUUGGCCACCAGCCGUUACCGCGGAAGAUUUCGUGCGAAGCAGACCUAAAACAAAGAUUGACAUCAAGAGUCCCAAUUCAUUUUUCGUUUAUAGGACAGCAUUUGUCAAACAAUUAUUAAUUGAACAGCACAAGUUUAAAAUGACUCAAGUUUCCAAGUGGGCCAGUUCCUCAUGGAAGAAAGAAAGUAAAGAAGUAAAGGAGACUUACAAAGUUAUGGCUCAAAAGAUCGAUAAAGAAUUUUCGGAAAAAAGAAAAGCGAUUAAAGGUUAUCGAAUUGUUUGCGAGAAUUUUGAUUUAAUAACCGCCUGGCAACCACCAAAUUAUUCAGAAUAUAUUCCAUACAUGAACAUGACCUGUGCCGCUUCUCCUGGAUCUACGUCAUCAGAUACCUAUGAAUCCGACAAUACAAUCAACAAUAGUCCAAUUAGUCCGAGAAGUCCGGAUUUCUCGUUUUUCGAAUCCAAUUAUAAUAGCAAUACUCACGUUUAUUUACCAACAAAUACAUUCGCCGAUAAUUUUUGCGCAACACUUUUCAACGAUCAAGAAAAUUCAGAUGAGAAUAAUUCUUCUCCAACCAUUAUCGAUGAAUCCUAUUAUAAUCCUGCCGUUUGCAUUGUAUCAGAAACCCCGAACUGUUUUAUUGAAGAACAUUAUAAUGAUUAUUUAUCAUGGCAUUAA